AUGCGCCAGUUGCAUGGGCCAAGCAGCGAGCUGGACGUCGAAUUCCACUUGGACGCCGGCACGAUGACCCUCAAACAGGCACUGCACAAUUCGCCGAGCUGCCCGGGGCCACGAAGCACGGCAGCAAUGCAUUUCAACUCGAAUAACAGCACCUUUGUGAAUCUCCAGGGCCUCGCUGACAACUCCCUUCUCCUCACCAUCGAACUACACCAAAAGACUAGCACCGCAGCCAUGCAGCCUCGCCCAACCACAGGAGAGGAGCAAGGGGACAAGGCCGCAGACCUUGGACCCUGCUACCAGAUCUGUGGAUUCCACCUCGAUCUCGUUCCAGACUGUGCUCUCGUUUCGGCUCUGGCCCUCGACCACCGCCCUAAGCAAAGCAUCCAAUUACUUUUGCCUCAGAAUCGAGUCAGUGACUGGAAGACUGUCGCUAUCAUUCUGCUCACUUUCCGUCAAAUCAACACCACGACGUGGUACCGCAUGAUGAGCAGUGGCCAGCUGUCAAAGGUUGCUGGUUUUGAUUGGGCUCAGGUUCAGACAAAGGCGAAACAGAGCUCUGAAGGCAUGGUCGAGAUAUCUGGUCGGCAGGAAGCUAGAUAG